AUGGAUGAGCUAGUUAGCACAUUUUUAGCAGUUACAGGAAUAGAAGAUGAAUCAACCGCCAAACAGUAUUUGGAAAUCACCAAUAAUGAUUUAGAGUAUGCAGUUACCCUAUACAUGGAAUCGAACCCGCCAGCUAAUGCUUCUGGUCAGAAUGCAUCUCAUGGAGACGAUGAAGAAUUGGCACAGAGGCUUCAACAAGAAGCGUAUGGAAAUGAAGGAUCGGACGUUAGAGAAGCAGAUACAAAUAUUCAUAGACAUGAGACGUUGGUCGAUUCUUUCGGCGGGGGAUUUACGCCAUCACCUCAUAUUAGCAGACCAGGAGAUAUAUUUGGCGCGGGCAGGGUUGGUGUUUUCAACCAAAGAUAUGAUGGUGAAGGAGAUGAGUUCCAUUUUGAUCGGUUUGAAGAAUUACCCGACGAUGAUGAUGAUGAAGAAGAAGAUGAUGAUGAUGAAGUAAUGGUAUUAGAUAAUGAUGGAGAAGUGGUUGAAAACGAUAGAGAAAGGCCUCGUUCAAGGAGAAGAAUGAAUAGAAAUGACAGAAUGAGUGAAUUAACAUCUACACAAAGAAGACUAGCCAACUUAUUCAAACCACCAUUUGAUAUAAUGUCUAAGAUUGAUUUAGAUGCAGCGAAGACUGAGGGAAGACGCCUGAAAAAAUGGAUUUUAAUAAAUAUCCAAGAUUCAUCCGAGUUCACCUGCCAGGUUUUAAAUAGAGACUUUUGGUCUCAACUGAAGAUCAAGAAUGUUGUCCGUGAUCACUUUAUAUUUUUGCAGUAUCAACAUGAUUCGCCAAAUGGUACAAAUUAUAAAAACUUUUAUUCAAUUGAUAAAUAUCCUCAUAUUUCUAUUUUGGAUCCAUUAACGGGUGAAAGAGUCUUCAAAUGGACAGAUGGUGAGAUACCUGAAGCUGAUACCUGGUUAGAGGAAGUGGAUCAGUUUUUAGAUAAAUUCUCGUUGUUACCUAAUUCAAAUAAUCCAAUUAUUAACCAUGAAGCUAAAUUUGAUCCUGAUGCAUUAUCGGAAGAACAACAAAUUGAAUUUGCAAUGAAACAAUCAAUUAUUGAUAGCCAAACUGGUGGUACAACCUCUGAUGAUGCUAUUGAGGUAGAUGAAACAAACGAAAUGGGUGCUUCAGAUAACAAUUCUGUUCCUGAGGAAGGAGACAAGUUCUCAAGCAUACAGACGCUUGACCACGAAGAACCAAGUGCUGGAAAUUCGGUCACUCGUAUACAGAUUCGUUUUCCAAAUGGAAAGAGACUCAUCCAUAAAUUUGACCUCGAUGAAGAUACUGUAUUAACUGUCUAUCAAUGGCUAAAGUAUAUUGUAGCAAAUAGCGAUGAUGAAUAUGGUUUGAGUAAAGAUGAUAGAUUUAUUUUAUCGAAUGUUUCUAAUAAAGCGAAAAAGUCGUUAAUUGACUCAUUGGAUUCAACAAUUAAUGAAGCUGAAUUAAAAAAUGCAAGUAUUUUAUUAGAGAAAGAAUAA